UCUUUUUUGCCGGCACGCGUUUGUAUUGAGAUUGGGUUUGAUAUUUUCUGAUUUAAUAUUUGGGUCGGCAAUCAUGUUUCCACAACGAAGUUCGGUAACUUACCAAACGCCGGCUACUCACCAACCGCCACCGGCCAAGGAGCUGGCUGGCAACCUGGACUAUCCGAAUCUGAACGUGGCCGACAUGAAUGCGCGCCUGGAGGAUUUAUCGCCUCGUCUACACGACUGUUUCGACAGCAUAUCCAUAAAUGAGCUGCAACAUGUGGCGCUGGCCACUAAUCAUCGCGACGGUGUCCAGUGGUGGGGCAUGCUCUUUGGCUACAGCCGAACUGAUCACAUGUCGGUGGACAAUGCUGAUUUCAAGCUGCAAUGCGAAUAUACCGUUAAUAUAUUGCGCUACGCGGAUGACAAUGUGCUGCUGGUGGCCCUGGGUGAUGCCCGUCUCCAAGCCUGGUCGACGUACUCCUCGGUGCGGAAUCCCAACUCGCCGUAUUGUUUGUUUCUCGUCGGUGAGGAUGCGGCGCACAAGGCGCCCAUAAACCAGCUGUGCGUUUUCAAGUCGCGACCACAGCAAGCGGUCUCCACCUGCCUGAAUAAUACACUCAAUGUCUGGGAUCUGUCCGGCGCUGAUUUGCGUAGCAUGUAUCGCGCAAGCGCAGCUCAUACAAAUAAAUUAACUGGCUUGGCCACAUCGGCCACAAGUGCCGCACAGCUCAUCACCUGCGAUCGUGGUGGGUGUGCGCGUAUCUGGGAUUUGCGUGCCACGUCGCCCGCUUCCAGUUGCCUCUAUGAUGACAAGACACAUAUGCUCAGUUUCAGUUGCGCCGCUUGGUCAACACCUAGUGAGCUUCAGGGCGACAAUUACAUUUAUCUGGGCGACUACGAUGGCAAUGUGCAUACAGUGGAUAUACGUGUGCCACGCAAGCUGCAGCAAACAGAUGCCUACUUCAAUGUGGGGCAUGUGUCGCAGCUGCUCGUGAAUGGCUCCCAUUUGGCAACCAUGAGUAACCAGCCCGCUGGGGUUAGGAUUGUCAAAGUGGCUGGCAACAAGCACGAAUUUCUUUACAGCAACGAGAAUCCCCACACACGCCUCACGGAUGCAGUUUGGCGAGAUGAGAAAACACUGCUGACCAUUGGACACGGCCGCAAAUUGGCCACGCACAAGCUGUAGAAUACAAUAUUUAUAACUGCAUAUAUUUCUGUUUUUUUUUUUCAACAUUUCUGCCCUUUUUUAGUCUACAUAAAAUAAAUACAUAUUCUUAAAAAAAAUUGUACUAAGUAUUUUUAAAAAAUGCCUUGUAUGAAAUAUAUAUAUAUUUUUUUGUUCAGAGACAACAAAGUUGUAUAAGUUUUAAGUUAAGGAUUGUUUUGAUCCAUAGAAGUGUUUGCAUUUACGUUUAUAAAUAUAUCUAAACCUGGCAGGCAAC